AUGUCUGCCGGUCAUUCAGAGCCCCAGGUGCUGUACAGCGUCAACAAUAUCUCUGCCUUUGCCGUUCAAAAUGGCGAAGAGCACCCCAUCACGAAAUCGCCUCAAACGUUGUCUUUGUUGAUGGUGCCCACGUCGUCUCCAUUUGCGGACUUGUCUAGCACAGAACCGACCAGCUCCGCGCCGGAGGAGGAUUUCUACCUUCAUCUCCAUCUACCCCCCGAGGUCGACAUACCACUGCCUGCGACGACUCAGAUUUAUCACAAGCCUCCAAGCAGUUAUCUCAUACCCCGUUGGGAUCUAGGACCUGAGGCCGGUGCUUUCAUUCGCAUUCAAUUCCCAUCGAUCGGUCACGGCCCGGGAAAGGUUACGCAAGAGGAGGUGGAUACAUUCGAAACAAUCCUCGCUCAGUGCACAGCGUUUCUAGAGCGGGCUCCGGCUCCUCCUCAUGAGCACGGAAGAUAUGACCCGAGCACAUAUCGCCCGGGAGAAGGGUAUAUCAGCUCCGAACACCCCGCAAAGGAGCCAGCCCAGCAUGGCCAGAUUGUCCUUGUGGACGAAGAAAAUGGUAGUGUCAUUGGCGAGUUGCAGGACAGUUAUAACGUGGUUGAGUCUUCUACGGUCAAGCCGGGUUCAAAGACUCCUGUACAGAUUCAGCUGCCUGCCGAAGGCCAGGGCAAUCAAAUCCGUGUCGACAACGUGUCUGAUGAUUACCUCCAAAUGGCCAGACAUCCUGCUUACGCCAAAUCCACCAUUGUCCAAUCUUCGGCGACCGCUUCGCGACUCAUUGUGACCAGCUCCAAUUACCUUGCGAAUGCAAUAGCCUCUCGGGCCGAGUCGUACCAGCAGAAGACGCAGCCAAAUCCCAAACCUAUGACCUUCUCUCCGGCCACUCACAACCGAAUCAGACAGAUCCAUUCCCUAACCCAGGGUGCUGUUGGUCUCAGCGCGAAGACUGUCGGACAACUGGGUCGUUACGCCCAGAACUUUGGUGCGAGCCUGGCACGUAAGGGUGAAAAGGGCAAGAAAGAACUAGGUAAAGACUACAAGCCAGGAAUCCUCAACAAGAGUAUGAUUGCUUUUUCGACCAUUGCAGAUGGCAUCGAUCAGGCUGGCCGCAAUCUACUAACCUCCGGUUCUGCGGCGGCAAGCAAUGUGGUAGGCCACAAAUAUGGCCAGGAGGCUGGUUCCGUGGUGCAAGGAUUGGCGGGUGGUGUCAAGAACGUGGGUCUGGUUUACAUCGAUGCCAUGGGAGUGUCGAGACGUGCGGUGAUCAAGUCAGUGGCUAAGGGUAUGGUGGUGGGCAAAUUGCCAAACGGACAACAACUCGUGGUUGGCACGGGCGAUGGAGGUGUUGUGCCAGCCGAUGCCCUGCCUCGUGACAGCAAGCGACGCGACCAUGACUCGUCCGAGCUCACGUACGGAGGAGCUUCACAGGCUGGAGUCACUCAGCCAGGCUAUGGAGUCGAGAGCUAUGGCAAUGCUGCGAAUGUGCCGCCGGCAUAUCCGUCUGGGGUUGGGGAACCUUUGGGAUCGACCUUGCAGGGUCAGAAUGUGCGUGAAAAGCGAUGA